AAAGAGUCAGGGAGCUGCCAGGUGUACCUCACAAAGGUUGUCCAAUGGAUACUAAAUGCAGUAAAAGUAACACCCCUCGCCUUACCUUUAUAAAUGAUAAGCUAGCCUUUUCUCACUACAGCCUCCAUAUCAGUUGCACUGCAGCUCUAGAAAUACUUGUACGUUAUCUUCUCUACCACCAAAAUGAUUGCUGGACGAAAAGCAUUCAGCAUGCAUAAUGCUGGGGGUAGAAUGCAGAUGUCGACAAUGAGACCCUUAGCUGCUGCAACCAGUGGAGGAUACAGAGCCAGUUCUGGAGGCAACUCCAGCUUUUCCAUUAGCGAUGCUGGUUUGGGUGCCGGUACUGGCUUUGGUGGUGGUACUGGCUUAGGUGGUAGUGGUAUUGGCUUUGGUGGUGGUGGUGGCUUUGGUGCAAGUUUUGGUUCAUCUGUACCUGGUGGGGAAUUAUUUUUUGGUGCAAAUGAGAAACACACCAUGCAGGGCCUGAAUGACCGUCUUGCCAUAUAUUUAAAAAGUGUGCGCAGUCUGGAGGCUGAAAACAAUGAUCUUGAGCUGAAGAUCAGAGAGUGGUAUAGUCAGCAGAUAGGAGGAGAUGGGGGACACCAUGGUCGUGACUACAGCCCUUUAGAGAAUGAAAUACUAGAACUUCAAAAUAAGGUUGUUGCUGCAAAACAGGAUAAUGCAAGCUACAUUAUACAAAUUGAUAAUGCCAAACUUGCUGCAGAUGAUUUCCGAAUGAAAUACGAAUCUGAAAAGGUUCUGCGCACAGGAGUUGAAGCUGAUCUUCUUGGACUUCGCAGAGUUUUAGAUGAGAUGACACUUAGCAGAUCAGACCUGGAGAUGGAGAUUGAGGGUCUCAAGGAAGAGUUGGAAUUUAUGAAGAAGAGCCAUGAAGAGGACAUGAGGACUGCCAGCAGUGGAAUCUCUGGUCAGGUUAAUGUUGAGCUUGACGCUGCCCCUGACACUAACCUCAUGGAUGAAAUGGAUGCAUGCAGGAAAGAAUACGAAGGAAUGGUUGAUCAAAUCCGGCGGGAUGCUGAGAAAUGGUACAAUGAAAAGGCGAAAGAAGUAAACCAGGCUGUUACCAGUGACAAAGAAGCCCUUUCGUCAAACAAGAGUGAGAUCUCUGAUUUGAGACGUACUGUACAAAGUCUUGAAAUUGAGCUCCAGACUCUGUUAACCAUGAAAGCUUCCUUGGAAAGAAACUUGGCUGAGACAGAAAAUCAAUAUGGAGUAAGGCUUCAGGAAAUACAGCUGAAAAUCCAUGCCUUGGAGGAGCAGCUUUCCAACCUCCGAACACAGACGGAAAACCAGAAUCAAGAUUAUCAGAUGCUUCUGGACAUAAAGGUUCGGCUGGAACAAGAGAUUGAAACCUAUCGCAUAUUGCUGGAUGGAGAGGAUUCAAGGCAUAAGUCUUCUACCCAUGGGUCUGGCUCUGGCUUUUCCUCUUCCACAUCCCAAGGUAUAAAUGUGAAAACCACAUCUAUCACUAAAGCACCAGAACCACCUAGGCCAGUUUCUCCUGAACCAGAUCCAGUCAGAGAUCCUGUACUAACCACAAAGGUGAAAACAAUCACUCAAAUUAUGGUGGAUGGUGUGCUCCAGUCAACUGAAGUCAAUGAAAAAGUGCUGCCAGGGCACGUUACUAAUGACAAAUAGAAAGGAAAAUUAAUCCCACGUGCAUUCUUGACUUCAAAGACUUUUUUCAAACUCAACAUAUGCAUUUACAGUCAGGAGAACAAUGAUUAUGGAAUAUAAGGCUAAGAUUGCUGUUUCAGAAUAAUGUACACUGAAUCUAGAAAUGUUUUUUUUUUCAUACAGUAUAGCUGUCACUUGUUCAUUUAAUAAUUGUAAAAGACACAACUCAUCUAUCUGUUAAUAGCUUGUGAAGUUAUAUACCUGUAACAACUGUAAUCAUCUUAAGAAUCCUUAAACUGGCAUACAAGAGUUUUUGAAUCUGCUAAAGAAUCAGUAAAGCAGUAUACCUAUUGCGCUCUGAACACGUUUGGUUAUGCAGUAGUUCUUGUUGUUGCUACUGCUGCUUAGUCAUUUAUGAAGUUUUAAACCCUUAUUGUAAAAGACCUUUAAAAACAUUUUGUUGAAAUACAAGAUUUCAAAAGUCACCAGCCAAAUUAAACAUUUACUCAAAAAAUUAAUUAUUUCCCAAAAUGUAGUUGUUUUACAUCUGUUUAUACCUACUCAAAAGUCAUAAAUAUCAGAAAACAGUUAUGAAUAUGACCUCAUUAUUGCAAGCAGUUAUAAUUUUAAAGAGGCAUGUGUAGCAGAAGUCCAAGAACUGUCAAAUAUGGGGCACUCAAGAGGAAAAGACAUUUAGUAAUUAGGGAACAUGAACGUUUUACAGUUCAUUUCUCACUGAAAAAAAAUAGAAAAUAAAAGUGUCUCCUGUAAAUUAAACUUGGAAUUGUCCUUUGCGUAGUAAUGGAAUUACUUAAAUUAUGGAAAGAGGUUAUGCAAUUAUGUUUUCUUUCAGCAUGCCCAAAAAUGUCACAAUAUUGAAAUCUCUUAAUUAUGGAAAUGAUUGCCUUUUUCAUUUAAAUAAAAGUUAUUUUUUUUCUUAAUCUGU